AUGGAUGUGUGGGGAGGCGAGCACUGCCAAAUGACAUGCGAUGCGCAAACGCGCGAUCCGUCGUUUGAGGAGCGAGGGGAACUCGACAGUCCGGUCUCGCAGACACUGCCCGCCAGCCAGUCAGGUUCUGGACGUUACCGGUACAGCUCCUGGUCAACAAUGGACACGGAGGAUGGGACGGAAUCGGACGAAAUCCAAAUCGUUGCGGGAGGAUCAGGACAGUCGACCGGUUUGGGCAGUGGUGCGGCAGCAGCUGGUCCUGGUGAUGAUGACAAGUCAGAACGACAUGACCCCUGGACCAUGUCGAUACCCCGGUCUUUAUCACCUGGAUGCCCAGCCCACCAGCAGGGGUAA